AUGCACCGCCAAGCCCUGCUUCUCUAUUCUCAGUUGGGAUCAGCCGGGAGCCUCCCAAGCAUCCGCCCCUAUGCAAACGAGUCCCACCUCCAUCCAAUCACCUCUCGGGGGCGGGGCUGCGCGGGAAGACGGCUGAGGCUGGGCGGGAGCAGAGCUCAAUGUUCAGCAGCAGUAGAUGCUUGGACUAGCAGGGCACAGCAGGUGCAGCCGGCAGGGACCUACUACCAGGACUGCAGAGCUGCAGCUACUGCGGGGGUGCUGGUCACACACCCCUGCUCAGCCGGGCAGGUGCUCGGCCCAGAGUUGAGGGGCGAGGCCCCGCGCCCUGUCCUUCAGGCCCAGCCCAAUGCGGAGGGGCGUGCAGCCCGCUGCAGCUGCGGGGGCGAUGGGCAGCUGGGGUCGCUCUCAGCGGCUCGGCCCCCAGGAGAGGGCGGGGAGGGGUCCCGGUUUUCCAGGGGGCGCUUCCUGUCUUCCCGUACCAACGCGGAUAUCCUGCAGACACUGAAGAGGAGGGGCGUGGGCCUGGAUGGGCCUGAGCUGGAGGUGGAGGAGGGGCCAGAGGGGCCUGAAGAAAAGCUGCUGAGGACCCUGGGAGGCGACAGAGGCUCGGCUUCGCCCCUGCCUCGGAUCUAUCCGGUGACCCCUGCGAUGUCGGUCUCAGAACUGUCAUACCGGGUCCCACUCGCCCCGCCCGGCUGCGACCCUGGCGGGCUGGGGGAGGCCCCGUCUGUCCACAGCCGCCCGCCCCACUUUCGACCCCCAGGCCUGGGACACCCCAUCUUUUCUCCGAGUCACCUCGCCGGCAAGACGCCCCCACCCCUGUACCUGGCGACUGACGGGCGGAGGCCAGAUCUGCCAGCGGGCCUGGUUGGGGCCCGAGGGGGACUGGGCACCUCGAGGAGCCUGUACAACGGCCUGCAGAGCCCCGGCGCCCCCCUGGGCUCCGCUCUGGGUAGCUUUGCCUUCCUGCCACCAGGUUCCGCAGAUUGCAGCCCCGGAGACGCCGCUCCGCUCCCCCUGCAGCCCUCGCCCUGGCCCCCGACGAGGGACGUGGUGGACCCGGCCCGCCCAGGCAGUGCCUGCAGCCUGUGUGAGGAGGGUCCCCCCAGCCGAGUGGCCUCCCCUCCAACGCCCCCGGUCAGCAUCAAGUCCGAGCGUCUGUCCCCCACCACUGGGGCCUCUGGCGACUUCCCCAGGUCCUUCCCCUACCCCCUGCUCCUCGCCAGGCCCUUGGCGGAGCCACUGCGGCCCGCAGCCUCCCUGCGUCGCUUGACCCCCGACGGCUGGCCGCGGUAGCCUGCAGAAGGCUCCUCCAGCCUCCACAGAGACCCCCGCAGUCUCGGGUUCCCUGAACAUAACCCUCCCUGGGGCUGCUGUAUCAAUAAAGUCCACGGCUGCAGGAGGGCGCUGGGCAGCCCCCCGGCCCCAGA